CUUAGUAUAUAAUCUGAGUGUAAAGGAUAACCAACUCUCAUCGAUUUCUGAGAAAAUAUAUUGAUCAAGAGCCUCGCAGAAAUAUAUCCACGUCAUCCCAGCGAUAAAUCUUCAUCUUGCAGGAGAAACAAUAAGUUGGACUAGUCAAUAGUAUAUAUGAAAGUAAUUCACCAUUGUAUAACACGUGUAUUCCAGGUUUAGGAGAUUGGUGCAUUCCUUUCGUACCUGUCGAGGAUGGCAAGAUGAGGAGAGGAGUCUCCCAGCAGUGAGCAAGGAGUGACUAGAGUGUGUCGUCUGCACUUCCACCAUGAGUCGCCUGGGCUGGCAGCGUGUGGUGGGCGUGGCGCGUCUGUAUAAUGAGGUAAGACCCAGGACUUGUGCAGUUCAGCGCCACUUCACCCGCGCUGCCUUAUUGGCCACGCUGACCCACCCGCAGGCCGCCCACGCCACCUCCACGCCCACAAGAUCCUUCCACACCACGUCCACAUUUCUUCUAAACACCUCGGAAGGAGUAGUGAGGAAAGUCGAGAAAGGAGACACGUCCUUACUGGUGGAAUUUAGUGACGGUACCAGAGAGGAGUUCCCUUAUUGCUGGCUGCGAGAUAACUGUCAGUGUCCCAGGUGCUACGACGAGACCUCUUUCACCCGGAGACUCACACUCGACGACUGGGACCACACCGACCAUCCCAUCCAGGCCCAGGUGAGCGAGGGUGGGAUGAUACUGCAGUGGUCCAGUGGUCACCACAGCCACUACAAGGCACAGUGGCUGCAGAAGCGAGCCUUCAACCUGACACCAAGGGCAGUCAAGAGGGCCAAACUGGCACUUAAAAAGGAUCUCUGGGGUCCUGACUUCAAGCUGACAACCUUCGACUACGAGGAGUUGGUUGGGGAUGAGAAGGUGCUGCUACAGUGGCUGGUGACCAUGGAGAAGGUGGGCGUCACUAUAAUCACUAACACACCCAGGGAGCCCAGAGCGUGUUUUAACAUCAUCAAUAAGGUUGGCUUCGUCAAGCCCACACACUACGGGGUGCACUACCCCAUACGUAACAAACUGGGCGCCAAUAGCCUCGCCUACACCGACUCCAAACUUGGUAUGCACAACGACCUGCCCUACUAUGAAUACGUCCCUGGGAUCAUCUUCCUGCACUGCAUCACUCAGUUCACGGGUGAGGGCGGGGAGAACGACCUUACAGACGGGUUCCACGUGGCAGAGUACAUGCGUCGUCACCACCCUCAGGAGUACGAGCUGCUCACCGACACCCCUGUCUACUUUUGGAACAAGGGCUCGGCGCUAGUGGAACAGGAGACCACAGAGUUCUACAAGCUUCUCAACAUACCCAUGAUAGUGGUGAACAGGAAGGGGGAGGUGAUGCGUGUGAACAACUCCCAGCUGAGGGACUCAUACCUGGACCUGCCCCCCCACCAGGUGGCGCCCUGGUAUUCUGCCCUCAGACUCUACAACCGCGUCAUCGAGGAACAAGCUAUCAGGAACAAACUCAAUGAUGGUGAGACGAUGGUGAUGGACAACACGAGGCUCCUGCACGGGCGGACAGCUUACAACGGAGCUGUAGGGGAACGUUAUAUGGAUCAGGUCUACCUCGACUGGGAUGAAGCUGUGUCAACACGCAGAGUCCUCCAGGAGAAGUACGAUGUCUCCCUCCAGUAAUACCUCAUAUACCAGGAGUGUAGGAGACAGUGGUGUGGGGGAGAGGAAGAGGAAGAUGGAAACAAGGGAAGAGAUAUAUUAUUUUAUAUUUUUAGUAUUACUUACUUAGUUGUCAAUGGAGUGAGGAAGAUAUUAUUGUCGGUAUUACUGUGGUGGUGAAUCAAAGUGAUAAGUUCUGUCUUUGGUAAUGGACUAUAUACGUAUACAUGAGACACCUACAGUACAUGUUGGUGUCAUCUUGUUUAUGUGAACGUUGAAUGUUAUUGUUUACAUAUGAACGUUCGCGCAUGGUCAGCUGAUUCGCUGGCAGAGAGAAGCAGAAAGAAGCCAUAAUUACAACAUAUUUUAAUUCAUUGCUGUAAAACAAUUUCCAAAUUAAACAAGGAACAGUGGCGUCAUGAGUCGAUGUUGGUGGUGACAGAUGUUUGUCACGUGGGGAGGAUACAGGAACCUUGAGGAAAUAAUAGGGUGUAAUUAUCUCAAUGUAAAUGAACAUAUCAGAUGUAUUUACGAAUACCAACAUCAAUAAAAAAGUUUACACUUUAA